GAGGCCACCAUAUUCUUGGGGCACGGAUGUAAGCAGAAGGGGGGAAAUCAUGACUGGUGCUCGAGAUCAAACCCGGGUUCGUGAGAGUGACGAGUCUUCUGUGGGGUAAACCAAGCAUGUAAGUAGCAAAAUGGAGAAAAUACAGUCAAGGCCAGGCCCAUGGGAACGUUACAUUCGUUUCGCUGAGAACGAAGAAGAUAGAAAUACCGCGGUGUUGCCCAAAAAUAUGAAAAGAACAAAAUGUAUAUUAUUAAAUAAUUUAUUUUACUCACAUUCACCCUUGCAAGGCAAGGUAAAUUUCGUCCUUUAAAUCGACUUAUUGGGAAGGUCAGGUGUGUUGGUGAAGAAAGGAGACUUUUUCAACUGCCAAUCCGGUCAUGUUUCAAUCCAGCUAUCGUCACGUCCUGAAGCUACGUUUCGUCCCACAAAGAUCAUUUUUCUGUUCUACCACUAGUCCAUCAUACUCUCUCAAUUCGAGCCCUCAGAGCCACAAUAAAACACGGGACAGCGAUUCCAGCAACAUCCAGGUUGAGCCCGCUCGACGCGUGUUUCGAUCCCGUGUCAAUGGUCUUAUGCGCUCUAUAGACAGUCGCAUUCUUGCAAAGGGCCCUGACGAUGUGGAGACCUACAUCCAUGACAAGAUUUCCGUGGCCAAAUUUGACAAUGUAUACCGCUCGACAAUGUUCAACCGACUCAUCCAGUUCUUGCUUGAAAGGCACCUUUUCAAGCUCGCUAUCUCGGUCUACAAGAGAAUGCUCCAAGAGCAGUUCUUGCCCAGCCGUGACAUUAGCUUGAAAGUGACGGCAAUGACCGAAAUUCUGGACGACGGCGAAGAUACAUUCGUCUCUCUCCGCAAGGUUGAUCUAUCUGCGUCCGGGAAUAUGGUUAGCGUCAUGGUAACAACGUGUAUGCGUGCAGGGCAAAUGAACGCUGCAGAACAUUGGCUCAAGAAGUAUGAGAGUGACUGCACGGAGCAGGGCGUUGCCCCUGAUCCAGCUCCUUACGCGGGCAUACUGGAGACAUUGCAGGAAAUUCAACCCGAAAACUCUGGAGCUGUUCAGGCCACGCUGUACCGCAUGCGCUCAGAGGGUGUUACGCCUGAUAUAUCCGUUUUCAAUACGCUUAUCCGCUCCAGCCUCACUCGUCGAGAAUACACCGAGGCCUUUGGGCUCUAUCACGCAAUCAUGACCAACCGUUCUGCUUCCCUCUUACCCAGCGACCUCACUUUCAAGAAGCUGUUCCAUGUAUCCAAAUUUUUGAGCCAAAAACGUUCACGGAAACACAAGCGCCCGGACAAUGCCGUCCCUCCGCGCCAGUUGUUCCGGGAUAUGGUUCAAUGCCAUCUUCUGCGCACCGGAAAUGCUCCCCGGGUGCACUCCAACGUAGUUUCAGCAUCGUGCCUCCAUCUUGCACUGCGGACGUUUAUGGCUCUCGAGGAUUACCCCGCUGCCAUCAUGACGCUCCGCGCGUUCGACCAUUUUGGGUUCAAGCCGAACUUACAGACGUAUUUGAUUGUCAUCACUAGUCUCGUAUUGCGAAUAAAGCGGGAGCUCGGACAUAUCUGCGGGGCUGACCAGCACCGCUUCGCAGAUUUCGUCAUGCACAUGAGGCCUCGGGAGCCUCCAGACAUUGACGUGCUGGAGCGGAGGAUUCGAUGUGAAGAACAUGUGGUGGAAUUAUCUGGACCUGCAUGCGUUGGCCCUGAAACAGUCACACACCUCCUCACACUGGGGGAGCCAGCUGCUUCGUCCCGGGAUGAAACACCUCAUGUCGGGCGCACGCGAUUACCCACAUCUGCCUUUCCCACUGUCGAUAUGCUCUUAGGAGCUACGGUUCUCUUGCCGUUUCAAGAAAUUUCGCUCGCACCGCUCGUGAGACUGUUGAGAAAAAUGAUCUUUGUAGGCCUUUAUAGGAAAGCCGCGCGGGGUAAGAGGGAGGGCUGGGAUUGGAGAGGGGCAGUGGGUCCCAUAUUGUCGAGCGCGAAAGAGGAGAUGUGGCGCGAUUUUGAGCUUGGUCCGGGGACACGACCAGUAGUGAAGCAAAGGCGGAGAGGGCAUGUCGGAGCUACGAGGGGGUCGUUGCCGUCAUCGGCCUCGAGGGUUAGAAGGAUGGUGAAAAAUCAGACGCUUCAGUCGUUGGGACGUAGAACCUCUCGAAUCUCAAUAGGACAAACAUCUAGAUGAUCAUCACGUGAUUUAAGUAAAAUUCACGAUUGAUUGGCGCGUCUUG